AGCACACCAUAUUACUGUUACUCCUCACAGGACAUUUCCAGGGAUGUUAAAAUGCCAAAAUUUCUGUUUUCAAAGAUUCGUUUCUAUGAAAUUAAGGAUCGGAUGCAAAAUGUGAAGCAGCCUAGAAGAAUUGAUAUUGUUCUUAAUCGAAGAGGCCGUAAGAAGGACAUCCAGUGCCUCAUGGGACAAAGAAUAAAUAAUGAGGCAAAUCCAUCAAAAUUCAGUUGGCAAACUGAAAAUAAACCGACUCUGGAAAAAAUGCUUCAUGAUAAAAAAUAUUUAGCUGCAUUCCGCAGCUUCCUGCAGUCUGAGUUCAGUGAAGAAAACAUUGAGUUCUGGCUCGCAUGUGAAGACUUUAAGUCGACUGCUUCACCGGAAGACCUUCACUGGAAAGCAAAGGGGAUCUACCAGGAGUUCAUUCAGCCUCUGGCCUCUAGAGAGAUUAAUGUUGAUCACCACAUUAAAGAGAAGAUCAAGAAGUCUUUGGAGAAGCCGAGCCUCUCCUGCUUCGAUGAGGCCCAGAAACAUGUUUACCUGCUGAUGGAAAGAGACUCUUGCCCCAGAUUCCUGCACUCAGAUGCCUACCUGAGUCUCAAGUACAAAUCCAGGACUCUUUGGUACAUUUAGCUCAGAACACAGUAUCACAGCUUUUCUACUUCUCACAUUUUGUCUUUUUUUUCCUAUUUGGCUGAAUGGAAAAGUUAUUUCACACUGUGUGAGAAGCUUUGAUCAAAACCAUUAUUUUAGGGCAGAGAAUCUCUUUAUAUAAAAUAAUGGUGUCAACCAUGUGCAACAUCAAUCUCUUAUAUGAUGGUAAGAUGAUGUUUUGAUGAAAUGUUAUGGAAAAUAAUAAAGUAAGAAAAGAUAAAAGUAAUGUGAGAGGGGAAAGAAGGUAUGUGUUCGUAGGGAGGAAAAAUGAUUUGGUAUGUGACAGUACUUUAGAUGAUUUUGCAGAGUUUGGACGUGUUUGAAAUACUGUAUGUGUUGACGGAAAGUCUUAAGAAGUUAAGGUGCAGAGAACAGUAUGACAAAUGAUAAAAAGAGGAUUUCUGUGCGCAAUAAAAAUGAUCUGGUUUUUCAUU